AUGCUCUGCCAACUUACUGUUAUUCAAUCAUUGCUUCAAAAUAGAGUAUUUAUAAACCGAGCACCGCAAAUCAAUGGAAAAGAGAUCACAAUCACCGAGCAAAAAGAUAUUGAAGAUCCAUCUACAAAAAUAUUGAUAAUCAAAAACAACAUCAGCAAAAUAAUCUUCAAAGGGGAUAACAUUACAUCAAUUCUCUCUAUUUCCGGAUUACCUAUGAUUACCAAUGUUGAUAUUGAAGCUAAAAACGUUUACACAAUACCAAAUGAUUGCUUUGAAAACUGCAUACAUCUAGAAACAGUAAAAUUGAGUUCAAAUAUAAAGACAAUUGGACAGUCAGCUUUCAAGAAUUCUGGUUUGAAGGAUAUUAAUCUAGAAAGUGUAGAAGUUGUUGGUGUAGAAGCCUUUUCAUCAUGUUCUCGGCUUACAAAGAUAAAUUUGGCAGCAGCUGUUAAUAUAUCAGAAUAUGCCUUUAGCGAAAGUGGUGUAGAAAGUUUUACUUUUAAUGAUAAAGUCAUUGAAGUUGCAAUGAGUGCUUUUCAAGACUGUUUAUCACUUACUUCUGUUAAACUUGGAAGUAAGAUAACUAAAAUUAAUUCUUAUGCAUUCUCUGGUUGUCUUUCUCGCAAAAAUUUUGAUAAAGGAGGUGCUUCUAUUGAUACAAUUGAUUCAAAUGCAUUUGAAUAUACAGGUUUGAAGGAAUUUAUAAUAGAUGCAACAAUUACUACUCUUGGUGGGUAUGCGUUUUAUCAAUCCAAACUUGAAAAACUUACAUUUGCUGAGAGAUCUGCAGAACUAUUAAUUCCUGAAUAUAUUUGCAAAAAUUGCAUUUAUUUGAAAUCAAUUAUCAUCCCAGAAAAUGUCAAGUUCAAUUCUCAUGGAAGCAAUAUAUUUGGGUCAUGUGUAAGUCUUGAAUCAAUCAAACUUCCUUUAGAAGUUAAAGUAAUUCCAAAAGCUACAUUUUCAAAUUGUUCAAAUUUAGUCAAAGUUGAAGGAUCAGGGAUUGAAGAAAUUGGAGCAUAUGCAUUUUAUUGUUGCAUUAAACUUUCUUCGUUCCCAUUUGAUCAUGUUUCAAAGAUUAAGGAAUAUUCAUUUUCGUUUUGUUCAUCCUUGAAAGAUAUAAGUAAAUUGUCAACAACUACUCACAUUGCAUUUGGAUCGAACUCAUUUUCAUAUUGUACAUCUCUCAAAAUUGAAAAACUAUAUUCAAAAUAUACACUUGAACAAUAUGCUUUCUUAGGAUGUUCAAAAAUUGAAUCGAUUACAAUUAGCUGCCAAAAUCUCGCUGAAGGAUCGUUCGCAGGAUGUUUAGGUCUCAAAGCUGUAUCUUUUGAUUCCAUAAGUUUGCUUCAGGAAAUUGGCCCUUACUGCUUUAUGAACUGCACUAACCUGAAAACAAUUCAAUUCACUGAUAAUAUAAAUAUUAUUGGCUAUAAUGCUUUUGAAGGAUGUCAUUUGCCAGACAAUUUUGAUCUUAAUAAAAUAAAUACAAUUUAUAAACAUGCAUUUGCAAAAUGUCAAAUGAAAUCUCUUACAAUCAACACAAACAUUUAUUUUGAUGAAAAAUGCUUCAUUGAGUGCAAUAAGCUUGAAAAGAUAAUAAUCGGCCAAAAUGUAGAUCAAUUUUCAUUAUAUCCUUUCUUUAAUUGCUCUAAUUUGGCAUCAUUUGUGUGUGAAAAUAACGAAAACAUGGUUUAUAACGAUGGUAUUUUGAUGUCUAAAGAUAAAAGCACUUUAAUUGCAUUUCCACCAGCAACAAACAUCGAAGAAUAUACAAUACCAAAUGAUGUAACACAAAUAUAUCAACAUGCAUUUGCGUUUUCAACAAAAUUAAAGAAAAUAAAUUUAAAUCACUAUAUUGAAGUUUCAAAUUAUGCCUUCUAUUUUUGUUAUUCCCUUGUAAAAUUUAUAUUAGAAACAAACGCUCAGAUUUCAUUCGGAUCUUUUACUUUUUAUAAUUGUAUAUCUCUUAAAUCAAUCAAAUUCUUGUCGCCUGUAUAUUCACUUGGAAUUUUUUGUUUUGCUGGAUGUGUCAAACUCAAAGAAAUUGAUUUAUCUUCAUGUUCAUUAAUUGGUGAAUAUUGCUUCUUUGGAUGCAUCAAACUCAAAGAAAUAAACUUAUCAAAGGUAGAAAUUAUACCUUAUUAUGCUUUUCAAAGCUGCUGUGAAUUGUCUUCAGUUGUUCUUUCCGAGCAAUUAGUUUCAAUUGGAGAAUCUGCAUUUGCAAGUGCUGGAUUAAAAUCAAUUACUAUUCCAAACUCAUGCAAGAAAGUAGAUAGUUACGCAUUCCAUAGUUGUAAAGAUUUGUCAUCAUGCGAAUUUUCUUCUAGUGUAACAAAAAUCAACUCUAAAAUAUUAUACAACACAUCAAUUUCUCAUUUUAAGAUUUAUGAUUCUGUUAUUUCCAUAGAAACAGAUGCAUUUCAGUAUUCUAACAAUCUUAAAAUAGAGAUUGUAAAUCCUCAAACUAAUAAAUUUAUGGUCGAUGGUCAAGCAUUAAUCUAUAAACCAACAAAGAAAUUGGUUUUGACAUUUGGGAAACUUCCUCAAGAAUACAAAAUUCCAUCAUCUGUCGAAGUGAUUGGCAAGCUCUCCAUUAACUCAAAUGCAAUCAAAGAUGAAGAACUUGAAUAUCCAACCGAAUUAGGAACAACAACAGUAAUUAUCCCUUCUUCUGUCAAGAGUGUCGAAUUACGAGCAUUUGAAAAUUGUCAGUACUUAUACAAUCUUUGUUAUGAAGGUGAUGUUUUCCAGACUUCUUCAGUUAAUGCAAAACAAAUCUUUGUAACUGAUAAAUAUCCUUAUUUGCUUGCAUUCCAGAAGAACAUCAUAAGAACUGAUUGUAACAACAAGAUUCCUGAUAGUUACAAUCUCAUCCAAGCAUUGAAGAACAUGAAAAUUUUGGUAGCUGUUUUAAUAACUAUUGCUGUCCUUGCUAUUAUUGGUUGCAUAAUAUUAGGUAUUGUUUUGUGUGUAUCAAAGAAGAAAGGUGGCAAAAGCGAUAGUGAUAAUGAUAUCGAACCUGAUAAUGCAUAA